AGAAGACCCGGGGUGGGUGCGGUGGGGGUGCGCCUAGCUCCGUGCGGCCGCAACUCCCAUAAAACCCUCCCCGUCCCAACGGCCUCCUGCCACCCCCGCAGCCUCCCACUGCCUUCCCCUACCAGAUCAGCGGGGCAGAGUGGAUCAGACUGGCUUUCUUGGUUCGGAGCAGCCGGUGGAUCAUUGUUUAAUCGCCGGUUACCUGGCCCGGUGUUGAAUACUGCUCGCCGCACGCAUUUCGGCGAGGUCCCCGGGAGGAGCUGGUCCAACUCCAAGAACGGAGGGAAGAGAGCCUGUCGGAAGAGAGGCGAGGAACUUGCUUCUCGGGUGAGGAGCAGAGGAGGAAGCGGAGGAGCGGGAGAGAGUAAAAGACCAUGGCCGGCGGGUUCGGCGGCGGAGGGGCGGCCACCGGGAGGGCGGAGUUAUACGAGGGCAAGAUCACCGGCUACUUCAUCCUCGCCUGCAUCGUCGGCUCCUUCGGCGGAUCCCUCUUCGGCUACGACCUCGGAGUCUCCAGCGGCGUGACAUCCAUGGACGACUUCCUGAAGAAGUUCUUCCCGGACGUGUACCAACGGAAGCAGGCGCACCUGCACGAGACGGACUACUGCAAGUACGACAACCAGGUGCUGACGCUCUUCACCUCCUCGCUCUACUUCGCCGGCCUCGUCUCCACCUUCGGCGCCUCCUACGUGACCAAGCGCCACGGCCGGCGCGCCAGCAUCAUGGUUGGCGCCACCAGUUUCUUCCUCGGCGGCGCCAUCAACGCCGCCGCCAUGAACAUCGCCAUGCUCAUCGUCGGCCGCGUCCUCCUCGGAGUCGGCAUCGGGUUCGGCAACCAGGCCGUCCCGCUCUACCUCUCCGAGAUCGCCCCCUACCGCAUCCGCGGCGCCGUCAACCAGCUCUUCCAGCUCACCACCUGCCUCGGCAUCCUCGUCGCCGACGUCAUCAACUACUUCACCGACCGGCUCCACCCGUGGGGUUGGCGCCUGUCGCUGGGCCUCGCCAUGGGCCCCGCCACCGCCAUCUUCGUCGGCGCGCUGUUCCUGCCGGAGACGCCCAACAGCCUCGUCGAGCGCGGACACCUCGAGGAGGCCCGCCGCGUGCUGGAGAAGGUGCGCGGGACCCACAAGGUGGACGCAGAGUUCGAGGACCUCAAGGAGGCCAGCGAGGCGGCGCGCGCCGUGAAGGGCACGUUCCGGAACCUGCUCGCCACGCGCAACCGCCCGCAGCUCAUCAUCGGCGCGCUCGGCAUCCCGGCGUUCCAGCAGCUGUCCGGGAUGAACUCCAUCCUCUUCUACUCGCCCGUCAUCUUCCAGAGCCUGGGCUUCGGCAACUCCGCCGCGCUGUACUCCUCCAUCAUCACUGGCUCCAUGCUCGUCGUCGGCGCGCUCGUCUCCAUGGUCACCGUCGACCGCCUCGGCCGACGGUUCCUCUUCAUCGAGGCUGGCGUCCAGAUGAUCGCCUCCAUGGUGGUUGUGGCGGUGAUCCUGGCGCUCAAGUUCGGGCACGGCGAGGACCUGACCAAGGGCGUGAGCACAGUGCUGGUGGUGGCCAUCUGCCUCUUCGUCGUCGCCUACGGCUGGUCAUGGGGCCCACUGGGGUGGCUUGUCCCCAGCGAGCUGUUCCCACUGGAGAUGCGAUCAGCAGGGCAGAGCGUGGUGGUGUGCGUCAACCUCUUCUGGACGGCGGCCGUGGCGCAGUGCUUCCUCGCCGCGCUCUGCCACCUCCGGUGGGGCGUCUUCGUGCUCUUCGCGUCGCUCAUCGUCGUCAUGUCCAUCUUCGUCAUCCUCCUGCUGCCGGAGACGAAGCAGGUGCCCAUCGAGGAGAUCUGGAUGCUCUUCGACAGGCACUGGUACUGGAAGCGCAUCGUCCGCAAGGAUCCCAAAUACCCGGGAAAUCUCCACGAGCAGCAGGAGAUGGCGAGAGCUUAAACGUGAUCUGAUUUUAUUAGAUAGGGGAAAAUGGUCCUGGAUGCAGAGAUGUGUUAGGAUUGGUGUUGCUGCUGCGCUUUACGUUGUGUCUCUGUCCAUGGUUUCAUGUUCUUGAAGUUCAGACUUAUGGGGCAAAAAGUUUGCCCCGAUGUGUAUUUGGUGGCGGGUAGAUGAACGGUUAUGCGAAAAUGUGCUACGAUAUUGUUCAUUGUUUGGGCUUAGUGUCCAAUUCCCAAUCUGAUGAGUGUACUGAUGGAUUUCUCAAUGCUCAUAUACAACUCUUAGUCAAUUUAA